AUGGUGGAAAUCGACGCCCUCAUUUCGCAGUACUCCCAUCUCAACAAAUAUGAGCGCGAGAAAGAAGCUCUCCUUACCUUGAGGAGGGUUGCCUCUCUGGUCAAGCCUCUAAUGAGAGCGCGGAACUGGAGGGUUGGACUCAACAUAAACGGGGGUCAGAAGAUUUGCCUUCGUCUACGGUACGCGGCCAACAAAAAUAAUUUCCUGCCCAUGGAGCAAGUCGUCGAUACUAUGCUCCACGAGUUGGCUCAUAAUGUGCACGGUCCGCACGAUGAGAAGUUCCACGCCUUGUGGGACCAGCUUCGAAAGGAAUACGAAGAUCUCAUUUCGAAGGGAUACACGGGAGAGGGCUUUCUGUCUGAUGGUCAACGCCUUGGUGGGAUGAGAGUCUCGGAAGAAGAGGCAAGACGCAUUGCUCGUAAUGCAGCGGAAAAGAGACGCACACUGCACUCGGGAUCUGGACAGAAGCUCGGCGGUCGACCAGUUCCAGCCGGUACGGAUAUUCGGAGUGUUAUAGUUGAUGCUAUUGAGAGACGGAACAUAGUGAUGAAAGGUUGCGGAGAGAACAACAAGAGCGACCGAGAAAUUAUUGAUUUGACAGAGGAAGCAACACAAAGCGGAUUCAAGACUAAGGCCGACGAAGAUGAUGCGAAUGAUCGUGCUAUUGCGCAGGCUCUAUGGGAGCUAGUCCAAGAAGAUGAGAAGAAGAGAUACGGAAAAGACUACAUCCAGCCUACGGCCUCGAACCCCACAGGGAAUGGUGGCGGCGAGGUUGGGUCUCCGACCACCAACGCCAUCAAGAGAGAGGCUCCAUCCUCUGUAGACUCUGCAAAGUACAGAGCAAAAGCCCCUCCAUUCAGACAAAAUCCCGACCGGCCUGUCAGCCGAUUGGUGGCCGAAGGUUCCGCAAAGAAGCCGAGGGCACUAUCAUCAAGGGCUGGCAAAGCUCCAGCUCUUGUCGAGCAUCAAGCCUUUUCUCCUGUCCCUGUCCCAGCUGCGGUCCAGACCCCGGAUCCAUCUUCGCCCUUUCUAUCCGCAACUGGAUGGACUUGUCCAUUCUGCACUCUUCACAACCCGAUUAACUUCCUUUCUUGUGAUGCAUGUACUGCCGAGCGGCCGACAGAGAUCACGACCCAGAUAGCUAACACGGAGAGGAGGAAAGCAACGACGCAGAAGCCUGUUCUGCAGACACACACUUGGACGUGCUCGCAAUGUACCACGGUUAUGGAGCAUAAGUGGUGGACGUGCUCGACAUGCGGGAAGAUGAAGAAUACCUCCUGA